AUGGCCAACAAGUCUGAUGAUGUUGCUGGAGAACCACAACAUUAUGACAGAGACCAGGAUAAAUCAAUCAUGGACUCAGGGUCCACCCAAGUUGGCCUUGGAGAUCUCAUGGCCCUUGAUGGAGUCGACCAAGCUUUGGCUGCAAAGAUGAACCUUGUGAAUGAUGCAAUAGAUACGAUUGGAUUCACCGGAUAUCACACCAAGUUAUUUUUCCUCAAUGGAUUCGGGUGCGAGAAACCAAUUGAACAAAGACUAAAAGUACUCCCAACUAACCACGAUUUCCAAAUCUUCAGAUACGGCGUCGACUCCUUAUUACUCUUCCUCAUGAGCAUAUCUGCCGAUCAAGUAGGGGCACAAUACCCCCCGAAAUUCUCCAGAGGAGCCCAACUAGGCUUCUAUCUGGCUUUAUUAGCAGGAGCUUUAUUCUGGGGUAGCACUGCAGAUAUCAUCGGUCGAAAAUGGGCUUUCAAUUUUUCCCUACUCAUCAGCGCGAUCUUUGCCAUCACGGCAGGGGCUGCUCCAAGCUACGCAGGAUGGGCCACCAUGGUCGCGUUGUCAGCCUUUGGCUCGGGCGGUAAUCUGGUGCUGGACACAACUGUCUUCUUGGAAUAUCUCCCCUCAAAUAAGCAAUGGCUUCUUACUCUCCUGGCUGGCUGGUGGGGUGUUGGUCAGACCGUGGCUGGCCUCAUUGCCUGGGGAUAUAUGGCGAAAUACAGUUGUCCCACGGAUGGAUCCGUCCCGUGCACAAACGCCAACAACAUGGGCUGGAGAUACCUCUUCUACACAGCCGGAGCCCUUGUCUUCAUCCUGAGCAUCGCCCGAGUCCUCGUCAUCCGUUUCCACGAGACACCCAAGUUCCUCCUUUGCCAAGGUCGAGACGAGGACGUUGUAAAGACUCUCCAGGAUCUCGCCAACAAUCACAAUCGCGUCUGCCGCCUGACCCUGGACCAGCUCCAAGCCCAUGGCCAGAUCCACAGCUCGCACGCACAGAAUAAAGCAUCGUUUUCCGAGCUAGCCGUGCACGUACGAGGCUUAUUUGUAACGAAGACCCUCGCCCUCUCAACAUCCCUGGUAUGGCUCUCCUGGGCUCUGAUUGGCUUGGGCUACGCAUUAUAUUAUGUCUACCUGCCGGAAUAUCUCGCGUCUCGAGAUACAUCUUCUGGAUCAGACUCGACCUACCUUACAUGGCGAAACUAUGCGAUCACCAACCUAUGCGCCAUUCCGGGUCCGAUCAUUGCCGGCUUUAUGUGUGAGAUGCCUAUGUUUGGGCGGAAGAGGACAAUGGCAAUUGGUGCCUUUCUGACCAUGAUAUUUUUCUUUGGUUAUACAGCGGUAAAAACAGAUGCACAGAACUUGGGCUUUUCUUGUGCUAUCUCUGUCGCAAUUAACAUAUACUAUGCCACUCUAUAUGCUUAUACGGUGGAAGUUCUACCAUCCGCGCACCGUGGCACUGGAAACGGUAUUGCAGUAUCUCUUAAUCGUUUGAUGGGUAUGGUUUCUGCGCUCAUUGGAGCUUUUACUUCGACAGCUAGCUCGGUCCCGAUCUACGUAUGUGCUGCUUUGUUGGGAAUGGGUGGUAUUCUUGCUAUCUUGUUCCCUCUAGAAACACGCGGAAAGAAGAGUAUUUAG